UUGUUUUAUGCCUUCAAAUAUUUUCUUGUGCAUCGUGAUUCAUGUGUUGUUCUGUUCAUGGGAUUAUUGAGACGCAGUUUUAAGGAUCUUUGGAGUGCUUUUUAGCUACAGUGCUUUUGCUUAACAUUCAUUUUCAGAUGCCACCUAAGAAAAGGACACGUGGGAAUGGGAAUGCAAGAACAACAAAGUCUCGGGACAAUGAGCAGGCAGUAAAUGAUGGCCAGGUGGAGGACUCACCUUCGGAAGAGCCUGGCUCAAGAGUCCGAGGUAAAAGAAAGGCAUCGACCUGUGAGAUGCCGAAGAAGAAUGUAAGCACAAAAGAACCCACUAGCCGUCCACAGUACUGCCACUGGCUGAUGAAGUCAGAGCCUGACAGUCGGUUUGAAAACGGCAUAGAUGUGAAGUUUGGCAUUGAAGAUCUGAAGGCUCAACCAAACCAAACCGGGUGUUGGGACGGUGUCAGAAACUAUCAAGCACGCAACUUCAUGAGAGACAUGAAAGAAGGACAGCUUGCCUUCUUUUACCACAGCAACUGUAAAGAGCCUGGAGUAGCGGGCCUAAUGAAAGUCGUAAAGGAAGCAUACGUGGACCACACUCAGUUUGAUAAGAAAGAUGUCCAUUAUGAUCCCUCCAGCACGGUAGACAAUCCCAAAUGGAGUAUGGUGGAUGUUCACUUUGAAAGGAUGAUGAAGCGUUUUGUCCCUCUGUCAGAGCUAAAGAAGUACCACCAGCAGCACAAGGCUAAAGGAGGGCCACUGAAGGACAUGUCUCUGUUCACAAGAGCAAGACUUUCCGUCCAACCCCUUACUACUGAGGAAUUUGAUUUUGUCCUGAGUUUGGAGAACCAAGAGCGGUCUUGAAAUGACAUGGAGAUGAUGACCAACUGGCAUAACCUGAAAACGCUCAGAACUACUAACUCAACUCAUGUGUAUACUGAUUGUAAACAUUGUCAUAAAAACCGUGAAUGCUUAACCAAAUUGCAUUCUUAUGCCAAAUACUGUUAAAUAAAUUUUAUUUUUAAAAUGUCUAAAUUUUGUUUCUAAAAGCAAAGACCAGACUGACACAUCAAACAGAGAAUUUGGCAUCAAUUUACUUAUGUUUUAGGGACAGAGGAUCAUUUAUUAGUUAUU